AUGGAGCCCUCGGCCACCCCGGGGGCCCAGUUGGGGGGCCCCACUGGCAGCAGGGAACCGUCCCCGGUGCCUCCUGACUAUGAAGAUGAGUUUCUCAGCUAUUUGUGGCGCGAUUACCUGUUCCCGAAGCAGUACGAGUGGGUGCUCAUCGCCGCCUACGUGGCCGUGUUCCUCGUGGCCCUGGUGGGCAACACGCUGGUCUGCCUGGCCGUGUGGCGCAACCACCACAUGAGGACCGUCACCAACUACUUCAUCGUCAACCUGUCCCUGGCGGACGUGCUGGUGACGGCCAUCUGCCUGCCAGCCAGCCUGCUGGUGGACAUCACCGAGUCCUGGCUCUUCGGCCAUGCCCUCUGCAAGGUCAUCCCUUACCUACAGGCCGUGUCUGUGUCAGUGGCAGUGCUAACCCUCAGCUUCAUCGCCCUGGACCGCUGGUAUGCCAUCUGCCACCCGCUGUUGUUCAAGAGCACAGCCCGGCGUGCCCGUGGCUCCAUCCUGGGCAUCUGGGCUGUGUCGCUGGCUGUCAUGGUGCCCCAGGCUGCCGUCAUGGAAUGCAGCAGUGUGCUGCCCGAGCUCGCCAACCGCACCCGGCUCUUCUCUGUCUGCGAUGAACGCUGGGCAGAUGACCUCUAUGCCAAGAUCUACCACAGUUGCUUCUUCAUUGUCACCUACCUGGCCCCGCUGGGCCUCAUGGCCAUGGCGUAUUUCCAGAUCUUCCGCAAGCUCUGGGGUCGCCAGAUCCCGGGCACCACAUCGGCCCUGGUGAGGAACUGGAAGCGGCCCUCAGACCAGCCGGAGGAGCAGGGCCAGGGCCCGGGCGCAGAGCCCCCACCGCGGGCCCGGGCCUUCCUGGCCGAGGUGAAGCAGAUGCGCGCUCGGAGGAAGACAGCCAAGAUGCUGAUGGUGGUGCUGCUGGUCUUUGCCCUCUGCUACCUGCCCAUCAGCGUCCUCAAUGUCCUUAAGAGGGUGUUCGGGAUGUUCCACCAAGCCAGCGACCGAGAAGCCAUCUACGCCUGCUUCACCUUCUCCCACUGGCUGGUGUACGCCAACAGCGCGGCCAACCCCAUCAUCUACAACUUCCUCAGUGGCAAAUUCCGGGAGCAGUUCAAAGCCGCCUUCUCCUGCUGCCUGCCCCGCCUGGGUCCCCGCGGCUCUCUGAGGACCCCCAGCCCCCGCUCCUCUGCCAGGCACAAGUCCUUGUCCUUGCAGAGCCGGUGUUCCGUCUCCAAAGUCUCAGAGCACGUGGUGGUCACCAGCGUCACCACGGUGCUGCCCUGA